UCAAGAAGCCCGAAAGCAUGUGAUAAAAAGUGCAGGACUCAGCUUCGCCCUCCCUCUCUCAGCCUUGCUAACCACCCUCGAGAACGGUAUGCUGCGCUCCUUUGAAGAGAGAGAGAGAACCCGAAGGAGGAGAAGCAUCCACGGAGAAAGCUUUGGCAGGGAGAGGUGGAAUUGACAAUGAAUACUGCGCAGGGAGAGGUGGAAUUGACAACGAAUACUGCGGCGACCUCCGCUUUUGCAGUCGCAGCACCAAUUUUGCAAUCCUCCUCUGAUGAGGGCGGCGGUACUGAGCGGAAUCCGUCCGACAACUUAGCCCAUGCCUUCGCCGCCGCCGCCGCCGCCGCCAAUUUUUCAAGUCUUCCCGCGAAAGAGUGCCCUAUGAGAUCAAUCAGUGAGCGGGCGACCUCGUGGCUUACGAUACACUCCCCCGAGGAGGAACAUCAUCCACCCCCAGAAAGCCCAUCUUCACCGUCUUGUCUAGCUGCGGACACAAGUGUUUGCUUCAGAAAGGCUACUAUGGAGGAGAAGAAAACCCCAAGCAGCUACUCAGUGAUUGCCGAGGAUGAACAUCAUCAUCGUGAAAGCAAAGGGGGCUGGGUUGUGUCAUCAUCAAAGUGGGUGAGGGAGGAGAUUUUGCGAGAAAACUAUCCUCAAAACAAUCGCGAUGGCAAGGACGUCAAUCAGGAGGAGGAGGUCGAGGAAUCGACUAAGUCAGGAGAUAAUCAGAGCGGCACGAGAACAACCACUCGUAAUAUUUUGGUAGUACGAGAGGAAAACACGAUAGAAAAGGGGGAAGAAGAGGAGAUCAGGGAGAAGAAAGACCAAGAGGAGAGGGGGGGUAUUAGUAAGGCGGGAAAGAAGACGGCGGGACGGAAACGAGCCAAUGAGAACUCGCCUAGAUUGGCUGACAAUAACAAAUCGGAUGCGCGGUCAGCGCCUCCUCUACCUGUGCACGGACAUCGUCUUCGUCUGUUUCCUCCUCGCGGCCGGGGUGGGGGUGGGGAUGGGGAGAACGCCCAUCCUCCUGAGUUGAAGCUAAUUGGUCAUCGUGCCCGAAUACAAGAAGGCGAUGAGAAGCAGAGGCCUGUGCGACAGCCGAGAGAACGCCCACCACCAUCUGCUUCCGCGAGAUUCCCCCUUCCCGCCAAAACCACGAAAGACAGGGGGGUCAGUCGAAAAUCAACGAAUGAGAACAGCGGCAGGAAACGUAGUCCAAGUACAGGUGGCUUGGCAAAGAAGAAAGGACGUCGGGCGGGGGCGGGGGGGGGGGCGGGGGGAGAGAGAGGCGGCGGAUUCGCGAAGCGCAAGACCAGCGCCGGUGAAAUCGCAGCUGACAGAACGGUUGCCUUCGCUGGUGGUCGUCAGGAGGGAACACAGCGAGAGAACAUCGGGAAUGUAGUGGGAGAAGACAUAAAAGGAAAUGAAAAGGAAAGCGACGGUCCUCAUCAUUUAGCUAAGGACAACUACCCAGAAAAGAGGAACAACCCAGAUGUAAUUGACCUCGAUGGCGAGAAGGAAGCACAGCAAGAGGUCGGGCCGCCUCUAGAAAACGACAAUUACUGUGACCCAGAAAAGGUAAACGACCCAGGUGUCAUCGUUCUUGAUGGCAGGAAGGAAGGGCAGCGGCGGCAAGCACCAGCGGCGGGGGCAGACGCUGAAGGCGACACGGUUGCUACCACUGGGCAGAAGGAAGUUGGCGGGGGCGUGGCUGUUUCAGAGGCGGAGGCGGAGGCGGAGGCGGAGGCGGAGGCGGAGGCGGCGGCGGCGUUGGAGGCGGAGGCGGAGGCGGAGGCGGUGGUGGAGGCGGCGGCAGAGGCGGCGGCGGCGGAGGCGGAGGCGGAGGCGGCGGAGCAGGGGGAAAUUGAUGAAAAGAGGACCGAAGACGGGCGCAUUGGACGUGGGUCAAGGGGGUCAAGGGUCAGGUCAGUGUUCAAGUUCGGCGGUCGGGUUGGACCGCAGCGCAGCGGAGUCAGAGGAGUCCAUGGGGCGGCAGAGGAGCGGGGUAGCCGUCGCGACAGGGGGGGCACGUUCGGGCGUUGGAUCGGGGACUGGUUCGAACCUGCAGGUCAACUGAGACUCGCAGGGCUGUUGUACGCGGGACAAGACUCCGAGGAAGAAUGUGACUACGAGUGUGAGGAACGCAAAUGGCGGGAAGAGCAUUUGCAAUGUAACGCUGCCCUCCGUUCGUGCCGUAACCGGCUUAUUCGGGCGGGAUUUUUCCAAGGAAGCAGUUUUGAGUGCGCUGCCGACGAUAGCUACUUGGGUUCGAUUCCAGAUAGAAGCAGCGGCGUCGUGGCGAAGGAGGAGGAGGAGGAGGAGGUGGAGGUGGAGAUGGAGAUGGUCAACGCCUCCGACGAGUUAUUAAGGGAUAAGAAGAGGAGUCGCCCAAGUAGUAGCAGCAGAAGCAGUAGAAGAAGCAAAAGUAGUACGAGUACCGGAAGUAUAAUGAAUGGCAGGGAUCAUAGGACGAGUGAUGAGCGAGAUAGGGAGCAGGUCAGAAGAAAGGGGGAGGGCGAGAUAAGCGGAAGCGGCGGCGGCGGCGUAGCGUCUCUUCAGCAGCAGAGACCCAGCGCGGGAGGAAACAGUGGUGGUCCUGCACAAAGGCCAUGGAUGGACGGAAAUGAAGGAAGCAGAAGGGACACUGUCGGUAUUGGUGAUUACAUUUCCUACCAAAGCAAGAAGGUGAGAGAAGCCUGGACACUAUCAAAGCCCCCACCCCAUCGAUAUCGCAAGACGAGCCAUGAUGGGAGUGCAAAGACCCCAUCCACCCCCUCCUGGUUCGAGGACGCAAUAGGAGUUGCAGCAACGACAGCAGGGCGAUUUCACAGAAGAGAAGAAGAUCGUGAGCGCGCAUCACGACUGCAGUCCAGACGGAAGUCUGACACUUUGACCGAUAAGAGCGCCACCGCCGCCCAACGGGCAAUGACGUUUGCACUGCUACCAGCGCUGCAGGAGUUCGACGGGCUGGAUGGAAGUCACGUGGCAACUUCUCCGUCCCGUUUCCCGCCUCCUCGCGGCCAAGAGGGAGAAGAUCCCGACCGAGACAUCCACCCAGACGUCGAAAAACCUGCCGCGACUGCGCAGCAGCAGCAACGUGAACAAAUUCCCGACGUCCCGAAAAAAAAAAAAAAAACUCCCGACGGGGCAGUCUCUGUUACUGCAAACAGUUGUUUGGAACAGAGUGUCAGCUAUGACAAAGAGCAAGAAGGAGAGGGAGGAGAAGGGGGAGAGAGAGAGACAGAAAGAGAGGGAGAGGGAGAGGGAGAGAGACGACCGGGAAGCGUAAUCUUAGAGACAGAAAAGAUGAACCUGCUGCCUCCUGAAGGCAAGGAUCGCGAUAAACGGAUUUCCGAAGGCUUGAUCGAGGCCUCGGAGGGGUUGAUUGAGGCCUCUCGGCAGUCGAACGAACAGAAGGGAGAUCGGCAGCAGCACCAGCAACAGCAGGACAUCAUCACGAGGGCUACCAACGACCCCAAGGAAGAAGAGAGAAGGAAAACUAAGCGAGGUUCACUCGAUGACUGGACAGAAGAGGAGGGGGCGAGAGACGUUGUUGUCAAAAUGGUUCAAGGCAUACGCAAGAUUUUCAUGCCGCCGGACGAUGACGAGCGGCGUAAGAGAUCUCGACCGUUGGCUUCGGCGGCAAGCCAUGCAGUGGACGUGUACGGCCGAUCUGUGCGGCCAAUACAAUCGCACAUUCCCUCCGCGCCAGGACGCACAGGUCCUUUUGACAGUACUCACCCUCCCUCUGCCUCCGGCAAGAUGGCAAGAAGGCAUGACGCUCGUGAAGGUGACCCAGCGCGGGCAGAGGAGAAGAGGGAGAAGAUUGAAGACGGUAGUUGUGCGCCCUCUGAAUUGGAAUUGGACUUCGAUGACCAUGCAUCUCACGGGCACACUGUAGCUACAGGAGCUCUUCCACGUGUCAAGGUGGCCGACGAUGAGCCAGAUGGAGUAGGGUCUGCAGGGGCUGAGGGUGGUGGCCAGCGGGCGGGGCAGAGCCCGUCCAGAGGUUCAAGGCCGUUGGAGCGGUCUGAGUACGCGCACCUGCCACGACACUUGCAGCCUUUGCCGGACACGUCGAGCGAGGGGGAGGAGGACAGACGGUCACGGACCGUGCCGUUGGGAAGCGGGUCGACGCAGGAGUGGGCGGCUACAGAGCUUGGUGGCAGCCGCGACCCCAGUUAUGGGCAGUCGUACACCCAACUCCUCCAGCAGGGGUUGAGCGGCGAUGAAGGAGAUGGCGGUGCCAAUCUGUCGAUUGGUCUGUGUAGCGGUGACGAAGGAGAUGGCGUAGCACACCUGCAGCACGGCGUCGCAAAUGGCACCGCCGUCGUCGUCAUCCACACACGUCGACUGCAGUGUCCUCUUCCGCCGCGCGCGAAUGGCUGCUCUCAUCCUCCCCUCGCCCCUCUCCAAUUGACAACGGAAGAGGAUGGCGUUCACGGCCACUGCCACAGCAGUCCUCUCCGCCUUCGACAGUGUAUCGCGUCCCGCCUCCCCGUCCGUGGCCAUCGCCGAAACUGGUAGCGAGGAUGCGGGCGUCGCGAAGUGCAAAAGACGGCAGAACACGAUGCGGGGCAUAUAACAGAGCUGCUGCGAGUGACGACCUCAGUGCGCAGUGCAAACGGCGACGAAAAUGAACGUUCGCGAACACA